AGAGUAUAGGCGGUCACUGUUGACAAAGCUGCCAUCUUGGACGGGUCAGAUGAUAGUGACAAGCUAUUCUAGGCUUUAAACAAAAUGUCUGAGAAACAAACUGACCCUGAUAUGAAAGGUUGGCUGUACAAGUGGACCAACUACCUCAAGGGGUAUCAGAAGCGAUGGUUCGUGCUGACCAACGGCCUCUUGUCUUACUACAGGUCACAGGCAGAGAUGCUUCAUACCUGCCGAGGAACCAUCAGCCUGCACGGAGCCGUCAUUCACACAGAAGACUCCUGUAACUUUGUUAUUAGUAAUGGUGGUACACAAACUUUCCACCUGAAGGCAUCCUCAGAGGGAGCCAGAAAUGGGUGACGGCCCUGGAGCUUGCCAAGGCUAAGGCUAUACCGGCUCG